AUGUCGACAUGCUUCAAGAUGGGAAACUCCAAGAAAGGAGGUGUUCCUAUGACUAAAGGAACCGUGUUGAACAAAUUGCAAUCUCCUUCAACGGACAUUGAAAUUAUGCAAAUGGAAGUAGUUCCAUAUGCUUCACAUAGUCCUGGUAUUACACAUUGGACUGAAGUAAAGAACAUUCUGAGGUACUUGAGAAGAACCAAAGAUAUGUUCUUGGUGUUUGGAGGAGUGGAAGAGGAGCUCACUAUAAGGUGUUACACUGAUGCUGGCUUCCAAAGUGACCAAGAUGAUUCUCACUCACAAAUAGGAUUCGUAUUCACUCCUAAUGGAGGAGCUGUCUAUUGGAAAAGCUCCAAACAGAGUGUAGUGGCGGAUUCAGCCACCGAAUCCGAAGGAAUAGCUGCAUCAGAUGCUGCGAAAGAAUUUGCUUGGAUGAAGUAG